AAUGGGAAUGCUAAAGUGAAUAUGAUUAUAAAAAUUUUACACAGUAUCACUUAAUUUGAAAAGAAAAUGUGUAAAUUUGCUAUUAAGUAACAAAUAAUAUGUAUUAUCGAUAUAUCCGUUAAAAUUUAUAAUACUCAAUAGACUAUACAAAAUUAUAUAAAGAACCAUAUGCAUCAAACCAACAAAAUACUGUAACCAUUUAGAAAUAUUUUAAAGCAAUACUACUGUUUACAAAUAUGGAAAACCGUUUCUUGUUGGAUAUUUUCUCGUUACCGUCUACUAAAAGAGAUAUAUCUUUAACAGAAGUUUCAAUGUGUUCUUAUUAUAUUCAGAAAGCACUUAUUUGAUUGUUUACAAAAACAAAUAGUUAUUUAAAUUAUAAUAUAUAUAUUUUGACUGAGAAAUGCGUAUUAUGGUUGUUGUUUGGUGAAAAUGAAGAUGAAAUAUAAUUCUGAAAUUUAAAUUACACAUAAAAUAAUUCAAAAUCAAAUAAAGAGAAUUUUUGAAGAAAUUUUACUUCGUCUUUGCUGAACCUUCAAUACAUAUCAAAGAUGGCUAAUAUCAGCGCUCAACAUGAUAUCAAAAAAUCGUUUACAUUCUGCAAGUGUGCAGUAUGUGUUAAAAACCGGGAAAUAUUAAUUCGAUUUCUGUUUGAUCAAUUCAGUGAAUCAGAUGUGGGUUUAAUAUUGUUUAAUAGGCUUUUAAAAUUUAAUGAACACAAAUUUAAAAAGUCAAUAACGUACAAGUUACAAGAACUACUAAAUGCAAAUAGUGUUAUACAUGAUGUGCAAUCUUAUAGGCUUAUUUAUAACAAAAAGGAUCACAUACAUACUGAAAAAAAUACCGAUAUUGCAGAAUUUUUAUUUUUUAGUAUAAUGUUAGUGGUAAAUAAUCCAUUAUUUAUGCAAAUAUCAUGUCCUUUUACAUGCUUUAUAAAGGCGUGUGCGGAAGGUAUUCAUGAAAAAAAAUUAUAUUCAAAGUCAACCGAAAAAAUAAUUUCAUACUUGAUACAAAAAUACAGGGACGACGACAGUCAUCGUAAAUCUAAAAAAAUCUGGACUCAUUUUAAAGCAUUUGAAGAUAUAUUUUUAGAACAGUGUUCACUAACGAGAAUCUUUCUGUGUACACCUAUUUAUCAGUAUGUUUAUGAGCUUUUAAAUGUUUUCGAUAUUUUUAUAAAAAUGGAAGAAACUGAUUUACAAGAUAAAUGUCUCAUUUUGAAACAGGUUAAUAUUGACAAAAAAAUUAAUUACUUUGGAAAAUAUUGGGUCAAGGUGUGGAGCGAGUUGCAAAAAUUUUUAUUACACAAAGUUUCUCGAAGAAAGUACUCCGUAAAAGACAUAUUAUAUGUUUUUAAUGUUAUUAUGGAAAUUACCUCUUUUUCAAAAAACAAAUUUUUGUACAAUUUCAACGUUGAUGACAGAGAUCUUGUUCUUCAUAAUAUAUUAUUAUAUAAAAAGAAUAAAUGGCGGAAUGGAUUUUUAAAAACACAUAUAUGUAAUGAAAAAUGUAAAGUAUACCACAGUAUGCUGGAACGACAUAAAGAAACUCCGAUCAUUUCAAAUGAGAAUGAAAAUUCAUCUCUUAAAUCAAUUAUGGAUUCCGAUGAAUCCAACAAGUGCGACAAAGAACCAUUACAAAAAUUUUGUCAUGUAGAAGACCAUUGUUGUGAAAAUCACGCGAAGAAAAAAGACUCAAAAAAGGAUUGUAUGCAUUCUCGAGUGAUCGAAACCCGUGAUAGAUUACGAAGAAAAAUACAAAAAAUAAAAAAAAUAGAUAAUGAGCAAAAUUCUACACAACGGCAGCAACAAAUGCCUUUAACAAAUUCAAUAUCAGUAUUAGAUUCUGCUUCUUUAAACGAAUAUAAAUUGGUAAAUGAAGAAGAGAAAUCUUAUUGCUUUGACUCGAAAUUAUCGGCUAUUGAACCACAAUUAAAAUUUAAUAAAAAUAAAUUAAAUUUUGAACGUAGUAUUGACAAUGUAAAUAUCGAUAUCAUCGCAAACGAACAAUUGUGUGCAGACAGCAGUAUAUACAAAAAGCUUAACAAUUUGUCACUAAACUCUGAUAAAUCAGUUCCAUUUCUAAAUAAAGAAAACGAUGUUCCUAAAAAAAAAAUUCUUCGUUCUAUAUGUACUUAUAAUAAAAUUCAGACAGAAGAAAAACUUAAUACAAAUAUAAAUUCUUCAAAGAAUACUGAUCAUUUUGACAAUGUUUCGAAAAAUUGUGAUAAAUUAACAAACGAGCCAGAAGUUGUAAAAAAGUGGGUCGAUAAAACUCUAUAUUUUAUAGAAGGUUCUCACAAUAAAAGUCAAAAUAAGCAACAACCAAAACCAUCAAAUCCAAAAAAAGCAGCAAAAAAAGUAAAGCAAAAGCAAAGAAAAGAAGCAGAAAAACAAAUUGUUGAACUUCAAAAAUUGCGCCAUCAAUUUUUGGAAAUAUAUUUUAAAGAAUUUACAAAUAAACAUGUUCUGAAGUCUAUGAAAAGUGUAAAGAACCAUGACAAAAAGAAAAAAAGUAAUAUUGAAAUUAAUAUUAAAAAAUUGCAGCGAUCUAAAGCCAGCAUAGAAACACAAAUCCUAGAAUUAAUCGCAACUGUUAAACAAACAAAUUCUGACUUCAAAUUUUCUUACCUUCCCACCAAAGAACAACAGCUUGAAAGAAUGAGUAAAAUGAACAAUUCAGGUGAACGGAAUAAUGAAGCGGUACUUACUCAAUCGAAUUUAACUCAAUGCAAAAAUCCUACAUUACAACCACCACCAUUAAAUCAAUCAAAUAUAAGUGCACAAAGGUGCAAUCUAGUUUCAAAUGAGUCGAAGUCUCGCCAUGGUGUUGAAAGUUCAACGAGCUCAAAUAAACUACAUCAACCGUCUGUAAUACAUAAUGGUAGAUCAAAUAUAAAUUUCUCAUUAUCAAGUAAUUCUAAUGAAAGUAUAAACAGUGAAUCAUCUCAAGGUAUUGUAACCAUUCGUAGAAUCAAUUUACCCAAUGUUCCUGAGCCACAAGUAACAGUUACUGCCAAGGGUACAACACCAGAUAAAGACCGCUUGCUCUACACUUUUGUUAAUGGUCAAAUUGUUCAAUCUAUAAGUUUGCAACCCAUAACAGAAAAUCAAAAUUCUGAUAAAUUAUAUUCCUACAGUUCUAUAAAAAAAUCAAAAACACAGUUUCCAAACAAUUUGAGUGAACAAUCACGCUCAGAUGCCCUACUUAUGCAAAAUAAUAAUUUAAAUAAAACUUCAAAAAAUAAAGGCAAUCAACGAUGCCAGCGAUCGAUCCAAAAAGAUAAAUGUUCUAUUGAUAAUAUUUCUAAAUCAAAUUUAAUAAAACCUAUUACAGUAAUCUCGAAUUCAGAUAAAACGAAUGCUUUGAAAACUAUGGUUGAUUCAAAAUCCUUAUCUAAUCAAUUACAAACAUCUCUGCCAAGUAAUGAUACUAAUAAACGUAAAAAAGUUAUCACACCAAAACAAAAUUCAAAUAUAAGUAAAAGGACUGUCUUAACCGAAGAACAACAAAUAGGAUUAAAUAUAAUUAAAAAUGGAAAACAAAAAACAAAAUUAUCUAUAAACGACACCAAUACAUCAAUUUCUCCACAAAAUGUGGUAAAAUCGCAAAUUCAGAAGUCAAGUAGUUGUACAGAAGGAAGUUCAUUAACCAAAAAUAAAAUAAAAAAAAUACAAUCAAAAUCUAGUACAAUUGAUGACGGCAAAUUUGACAAUAAUCCGUUCAAAUCAUUAAACUUUAAUUAUAGCUCAGCAAAUGAAACUUCUGCAUCUUCGUGUGAUAACUCCGAUGGAGAAAAUUAUAAAGAAAAAAGCAUAAAAAAGAACAAAAAUGUAACUAGAAAUCAAAUUACUUCAAAAAAAAGGGAACAUUACCAACAAAAGAAGUCAGUUUUAAAACCGCCUAAUUCUUUAACUCAAAAUGAUAUAACUAAUUCUAACUCUUCCAACAAACUUUAUACCAGUAACUCCCAAUGUUGUACAAAUACAAAAAACAAAAAGAAUAAAAAAACAGUUAGCAAUUCCUCGAAUAUUCAAAAUUCUAAACAGAAAAAGAAUACAUCAACAAGUAGAAAUGUUUUACUAAUAGAUAAACAACAAAGUAAUAUUUUAAUAAGUGAAGAAAAUGAAAAACAAAAAUUAAAUUUUGAAUAUAAUGACAAUUACAAUUGUCCAUACUCAUCUAAUAAGAACCAACCAAGUACUGAAAUUGAAGAACAAAAACAAGAUCAAUUUAAUGAUAUAAAUUUAACAGAGCGACUGUGUAAUUUACAAAUUGAUAACAAUUACUUUUACAAUUCAACUAAAAAUAAAGUUUCCCUAACAAAUGUUAGCAUUAUGGACCAAUUAAAUCAAGGUGUUCAAGUAGAGGAUCUCUCUUUACCGCCUGGUAUUACACUAACAAAAGUGGAUCCUAUUAAAAGCGAAGAAUUACGUCAAAAAUCUGAAUCUAUAAAUAAUAUUACAAAACCUUUACUGCAACAAAACGCUCUAAAUUCAUAUAAAUACGUCGAACCGAAAAUUAUCACAUCUCAACUGAAAUCUUCAUGUUUCCUAAACCAUAAUUAUAUUGGUUUUGCUUCAGCGCCAAUAACGAACGAAAGCAAUGUUAUAAUGGUAGAAACCAAUUCAACCAAUUCAAAAGAAAAUAGAUCUAAAUUAAUAACUGAAAAAACAAUAACAGAUGAGAUUGAUACCAUUAAAAAGAAAAAAACAAAAAAAAAACGUAAACAUCUUAUUAAACCGAAUUCCGUUGAGCAAUCAAAAACAAUAACUUUACGUAAUCCGAUGUUCCAAGCUGGCCAUGUAGACUCGCUUCCACAAAAAACGGAACUAAUUCAAGAUACAGCAUUAAGCGAUAUACCAUUGGUAUCAUCUUUGCCAUUUGAUCAGCCAGCAGCAAUAUUUAAAAACGAAAAUGGCAUGUUUACUAUUCGUAAUCCAGCAUUGCAUCAAGCAGUUACAAGUGGGUUGGCUGUUGGAGGAUUAAAUCAAUUUAACAACAUUAAUUAUUAUACUCCCAAGGAAGUGGAGCAUUCCAGAUUAAAUCAAAAUAUUUCUACGGUUAAUAAUUGCAUGAAUAAGCCAUCUUAUUCUUACUAUCCAAGUUCCAUGAGUAAAAACGAAUGUGAAAAUAGAAAAAAACGCAAAACUGUAACAAUUACAUGUUCUUCAAUGAAGCCCUUAGCAAAUAACAAUUUGCAUGAAAAACAAAAAUUAUUAACAAACAGUCAAAUUUCGCUGCAAGAAAAGUACGAGCAAUCCAAUUAUUAUAGUGGUUUGAAUGCAUUUUCGGUAGAUGCAUUGAAAAAUCAAUCAUCUUGCACUAAUACAAGUAAUUUCAAAACUUCAUAUUCAACAAAACGUGGGUCCGACAAUAAAUUGCCCUUACUGCAACGUUCAGAACUUGAGUCCUGUGUUAAAAACUUUUCUAGCGGUGGAGUUCAUAAUUCUGAUAAUAUACAUUACUUGACAAAUUCAAUUCCUGAACAUAAUCUUAAUAGUGAGGUUUCUAUACAUUCAUUAAACGAUUUCAACUCCAAAUGCAGUUUUUUUAUGCCUAUUGAAAAUCAAGUUGAAAUAACACCAGUUAAUACAAAUCGAUUGAAAGUGGAAAAUAAUUUACUUCAGCUUGAUAAACACAAAUCGGAGUUUUCAACUAACUCACAAACCAAUUUUUGCAGUACUGAAAAAGAUACCUUAGUAUCAUCAAAAAACCAUAUCAUUAAUUUCAACAAUACUGAUGAGUCUUUUAGAGAACACAUACAGAGAGAAUCAUUUCAGUGCAAAGACAGUGAUCUUAAUCAUUUAAAUGAAAUUAAUUCUAACUGGCAAAAGAUUACGAAACUACCUGACGAGCACUAUAUGGAUAAUUUUAUACAAAAUUUGAGUUCUAUUAGUAUUACAGGACCAUUAGAUGAAAAGGAAAUUGACGAAAAUAAAACCAAUGCAAUAUGAACAAUGCCAAAUAUCUGGUUUUAGAAUUGUUUAUUUUAUGUAACUAAUAGUAUGAUAGAGAAGUAAAAGUUUAAAAACU